GGACACACAGCUUCAUCUGGUCCUCCUCCUUUGGUGGUGGCUGUUAACGGAACCUAUCUGGGAGCUGAGGUUUUGGUAGGACCACAAUAAAGCUUUAAGAACCUGUACAGUCGAAUUCCGGCGGUAAUUGUGAAACCUGACUGGAAAGAACACCAACUGCCACCACCCACUGCCAGCACCGAAUUCUCAGGCUGUCAAGGACAGGCGUCUUUGCUUGCGACCCCGCCCCAGUCUAGACCACCUGGGAUCCCAAACUCAGAGCGAAAAGGGGACCGAGAAGGUUUCUGUGGAGGGCAACCUUCGUGACCGCGCCUCUCUCUGUUACUCCCCGCAACCACUGAACUCGGGUUACAUUUUCCGCACAAUGAACUCCACUGGAGGAACAAGACUGAUUGAAGUUCCCGCACGUGGGAGGCCGGGCCGGACCUUGAGCGCGAUGCCCCGCUCGCGCCGUUGCCGGACUGUGCGCGCUCUGCUGCGCAGCCGGUACCGCGAGGUGUGGCCGCUGGCAACCUUCGUGCGGCGCCUGGGAACUGAGGGCAGGCGACUUGUGCAACCUGGGGAUCCAAAGGCCUUCCGCACUUUGGUGGCCCAGUGCCUAGUGUGUGUGCCCUGGGGCUCGCAGCCUCCACCUGCUGACCUUUCCUUCCACCAGGUGUCAUCUUUGAAGGAGCUGGUGGCCAGGGUCGUGCAGAGACUCUGUGAGCGUGGCGAGAGAAACGUGCUGGCUUUUGGCUUCUCGCUGCUUAGCGGGACCCAAGGCGGGGCCCCUGUGGCCUUCACAACCAGCGUGCAAAGCUACUUGCCCAACUCGGUGACUGACACCCUGCGCAUCAGUCGUGCAUGGAUGCUUCUGCUGAGCCGAGUGGGCGACGACCUGCUGGUCUACCUUCUGACCCGCUGUGCGCUCUACCUGCUGGUGCCCCCGACCUGUGCCUACCAGGUUUGCGGCUCACCCCUGUACCAAAUCGAUAGCCCCGCGGAUACCUGGCCCUCAGUGCCCCCCAGAUACUGGCCCACACGACCCACGGGCAGAAAUUUAACCCAUCUUGGAUCCACACACCCGGUCAGGAACAGCAGUUACCAGGAAGCAUGGAAACCCUUGGCCUUGCCAUCUCGAGGCGUGAAGCGGAGUCUGAGCAACACCGAUAGAAGUGUGCCUUCAUCCAAGAAGGCCAGGUGCAAUCUGGCCCUGAGACGGGAGAAGGGACCCGACAAGCAGGCGGUUCCAACCCCAUCAGACAAAACACGGGUGCCAAGGCCUGCCCAGUUCCCCGCAGUGCCUACUAGCAGAGCUACCAAGGGAAAUUUGUCUUCCAGAGGAAAGGCACCUGGCCUGAGUCUCUCUGGAUCAGUGCUCUGUGAGAACAAGUGCAGUUCCACAGAUCUGCAGUCACCGCUAUGCCAAAAUGCCUUUCAGCCCCAACCUUUUACUGAGACCAAACGCUUCCUCUACUCCAGGGGAGAUGGCCAAGAGAAGCUGAACCCCUCAUUUCUACUCAACAACCUCCAGCCUAGCUUGAGUGGAGCCAGGAGACUGGUGGAGAUCAUCUUUCUAGGCUCCAGGCCUCAAACAUCAGGACCACAACGCCGGACACGCCACCUGCCGAGGCGCUACUGGCAGAUGCGGCCUCUAUUCCAGCAGCUGCUUGUGAACCAUGCAAAGUGCUCAUAUGUCAGACUCCUCAGGUCACAUUGUAGGUUUCGGACAGCAGCCCACAUGGUGGCAGGUGCCUUGAACACCAGCCCACCGCACCUCAUUAAUUUGCUCCGCCUACACAGCAGUCCCUGGCAGAUAUAUGGUUUUCUGCGGGCCUGCAUCCGAAAGCUGGUGCCUUCAGGUCUCUGGGGUACGAGGCACAACAAGCGCCGCUUCUUGAAGAACGUGAAGCAAUUCAUCUCCUUGGGGAAGUACAGCAAACUCUCGCUGCAGGAGCUGAUGUGGAAAAUGAAAGUGGAGGACUGCCCCUGGCUUCGCAGCAAUCCAGGAAACAACUGCAUCCCUGCCGCAGAACACCGUAUGAGGGAAAGGAUCCUGGCUACGUUCCUAUUCUGGCUGAUGGACACAUACGUGGUAGAGCUGCUCAGGUCAUUCUUUUACAUCACAGAAACUACAUUCCAGAAGAACCAGCUCUUCUUCUACCGUAAGAGUGUGUGGAGCAAACUGCAGAGCAUUGGAGUGAGGCAGCACCUCAAGAGAGUGCAGCUGCAGGAGCUGUCACAAGAGGAGGUCAGGCAAUACCACAAGGCCUGGCCGGUCACGCCCAUAUACAGACUGCGUUUCAUCCCCAAGACCAGUGGUCUCCGGCCCAUUGUGAACAUGGGUUACAGCAUGGGCCCCAGAGUCCUUGACAAAGAGAAACAGAAGAGGGAAGACAAAGAACUGGUUGUUCCUGAGUCCAAAAACUCAGCAUGUGGGAAGGACCUAGAGAAGGGAGAUGAUCUCAAGAGCAGAGGACUUGGGACACAAACCUUGGAGGCCCAGGAUUUCACCCACCGUCUCAAGACGCUAUUCAGCGUGCUCAACUAUGAACGGACAAAGCAUCCUAACCUCCUGGGGGCUUCUGUCCUGGGCCUGAAUGACGUCUACAGGACCUGGCGGACCUUCGUGCUGCGCACGCGCACUCUGGGCUGGGCACCCAGGAUGUACUUUGUUAAGGCAGAUGUGACGGGAGCAUUUGAUGCCAUUCCCCAGGACAAGCUCAUGGAGGUUGUUGCCAAUAUGAUCAGACACCCAGAGAACAUGUACUGUGUCCGCCAGUAUGCAGUGGUUCAAAGAAAUCGCCAAGGCCAAGUCCAUAAGUCCUUCAGGAGAGAGGUCUCCGCCAUGUCUGACUUCCAGCCGUACAUGGACAAGUUCGUGACACAUCUGCAGGAGUCCGAUGCCAGCGCACUGAGGAACUCGGUUGUCAUUGAGCAGGUCCUCAGGCUUCCCACUCGUGGGCCACACCUGAACCUCUCUCUGAAUGAAACUGGCUGCAACCUGUUCGACUUCUUCCAGCACUUUGUGCGUAACAGCAUCAUGAAGAUUGGCGGCAGGUGCUAUGUCCAGUGCCAGGGCAUCCCCCAGGGCUCCAGCCUGUCCACCCUGCUCUUCAGCCUGUGUUUCAAAGACAUGGAGAACAAGCUUUUUGCGGAGGUGCAGCAGGACGGGCUACUUUUACGCUUUGUGGAUGACUUUCUAUUGGUGACACCCCACCUGGUCCAGGCAAAAGCCUUCCUCAGGGCCCUGGUCCACGGCAUUCCUGAGUAUGGCUGCACCAUAAACUUACAAAAGACAAUGGUGAACUUCCCCAUGGAGACUGGUACCCUGGACGGUGCAGCUCCACACCAGCUGCCUGCUUGCUGCCUGUUUCCCUGGUGUGGCUUACUGCUGGACACGCAGACUCUGGAGGUGUUCUGUGACUACACCAGUUACGCCCAGACCUCAGUUAAGACCAGCCUCACCUUCCAGCGCACCUUCAAGCCCGGGAGGAACAUGCGACACAAGCUCUUAGCUAUUUUGCGGCUGAAGUGUCACAGUCUGUUUUUAGACUUGCAGGUGAACAGCCUGCAGACCGUCUGCAUCAAUGUUUACAAGAUCUUCCUGCUGCAGGCCUACAGGUUCCAUGCAUGCGUGCUUCAGCUUCCCUUUGACCAGCAUGUUAGGAAGAACCCUGCAUUCUUUCUGGGCAUCAUCGCUAGCUCAGCAUCCUGCUGCUACUCCGUCCUGAAGGUCAAGAACGCAGGAGUGACACUAGGAGCCAAGGGAGCCUCUGGCUUAUUUCCUCUUGAAGCUGCACGUUGGCUCUGCUACCAAGCCUUCCUGAUCAAGCUGGCUGGUUAUUCUGCUGUCUACAGGUGUCUCCUGGGACCUCUCAGGGCCGCCCAGAAACAGCUGUGCCUGAAGCUUCCUGCAGCGACAAUGGCUAUCCUCAAGGCUGCAGCUGACCCAGCUCUAAGCACAGACUUUGAGACCAUUUUGGACUAAGUCCGCUUCCUUCAGCUAGAUGAACAUGGGCACUUUCGCCUCUCCUCUCAUAGAUUCACGUCACAAGAGGGACUGGCCUGUUGUGUAGGAGGAGACAGUCACUUGUUCCCGGCGGCUUAGCCCCUAAAUAAGCACAUAGAGACUGUAUUAAUUAAAUCACUACUUGACCCAUUAGCUCUAGCUUCUUUUUUUUUUUA